AUGAGGGAUGAAAUUGCAACAACAGUCUUCUUUGUGACAAGAUUAGCGAAAAAACAUGAUAAAUUGAGUAAACAGCAAAUAGAAGACUUUGCGGAAAAGCUGAUGACAAUCUUGUUUGAAACGUACAGAACUCACUGGCACUCUGAUCGCCCUUCUAAAGGGCAAGCCUUCAGGUGUAUCAGGAUAAACAAUAAUCAGAAUAAAGAUCCUAUUCUAGAAAGGGCUUGUGCUGAAAGUAAUGUGGAUUUUUCUCACCUGGGACUUCCAAAGGAGAUGACCAUAUGGGUCGAUCCCUUUGAAGUGUGCUGUAGGUACGGUGAGAAAAAUCAUCCAUUUACAAUUGCUUCUUUCAAAGGCAGAUGGGAGGAAUGGGAAUUAUCCCAACAAAUCAGUGAUGCUGUCAGUAGAGCCACGUUAGAUUACUCCUCUGGCACGUCCUCUGAUGAUGAGGAAAGUUGUAACAAAGAACCUCAGAUAAUUCCUAAAGUCAGCAAUCCAAAGAGCAUUUACCAGGUUGAAAACUUGAAACAGCCCUUUCAGGCUUGGUUCCAAAUGCCCCACAAAAAGAAUAUGGCGGCUGGGCGUAUGGGCCUCCUGGGAAGUGCUUAUCAUGCGUUGCAUAAGAACCCUAAGGGUCAUAGGCCAGCUGCUGUACCCCGCGUGGACAGGUACCACUGGGUCAACGCGAACCGGUAA